UCCAAAUCCGUGGCCCAAACUCCACGUCAGCGAGCAGACUGGAGAGCAAAACGGUGGACUGCCGGCCACUGCCCCCAUUUGCGCCCACCUUUUCGAGCGGAAGCGAGGAACCAACGCAGUGCGCGCAUUUUAUAACGCGUUCCCCCCGUCUCUCUCUCUCUCUCUCUCUCUCUCUCUCUCUCUCAACCUAACGCGACGGCGAUGACUCUCCGAUCUUCUCGCUGCUUGAGCUCGCUUGGCAGAUUGGGAUGUCGGCGGAUUUCAGGCGUGUCCGGGGUGGCCGCUGGCGUGGAAGAUUCGGCGCCGUCUGGGCGUGGCCUUGCCGCGUUUGCAAAAGCGGCUGUCGGGAUCUUAGCCGUGGGAGGAUCGAGCUUAGGACUGUGGUUUCUGCCUGAGUCAGAGGAUACCCGGCUUGCUAAUUCUUCGGAUCCGAGGUUAUAUGGAUGUAGGGAAGCAUCGGCUGUUGAUAAGAAUCCUAGGUUUCUGUUUGGAGGUUCAUUUCGAAGAAGGGUGUUCUUUAAAUAUGAAAAACGGUUGAGGCUACAAAGUUCACCUGAAAAGAUCUUUGAGUACUUUGCAUCCAUCCGGAGCCCAGAGGGUGAGGUAUUUAUGUCUCCUGCUGAUUUGAUGAGAGCAGUGAUUCCAGUCUUUCCCUCAUCCGAGUCAAGUAUUGUUAAAGAAGGAUGUCUUAGAGGGGAGCAGAAACCUGGUGUAUUACAUUGUGCUUCAUCCCCGCUUUUUCUACUAUUUGACACUAACAAUGAUGGAUUGAUCUCCUUUCCAGAGUACAUCUUUUUUGUUACAUUGCUUAGCAUCCCAGAUUCAAGCUUCAGUGUGGCUUUCAAAAUGUUCGACCUUGACAACAAUGGAUCAAUUGAAAGGGAUGAGUUUAAAAAAGUGAUGGCAUUGAUGCGAUCCUAUAAUAGACAGGGGGCAUGCCAUAGAAAUGGGCUGCGCAUUGGUCUUAAAAUUCGAGGCUCUGUGGAAAAUGCAGGCCUAGUCGAGUAUUUCUUUGGUAAAGAUGGAAAUGAUCGCCUCCAACAUGACAAGUUUGUAAAAUUUCUGAGGGAUUUGCAUGACGAGAUCUUGCGGUUGGAGUUUGAUCAUUAUGAUGUUAAAUCAGAAGGAACGAUUUCCGCGAAAGAUUUCGCUUUAUCAAUGGUUGCAGCUGCAGACAUUAAUCAUAUAAACAAAUUUCUCGAUAGAGUUGAUGUGUUAGAUAAGGACUUGCAUCUGAAGGAUAUGCGUAUUACCUUCGAGGAAUUCAAAGCCUUUGCAGAUUUACGGAAGAGACUGGACCUACUGUCAUUCGCUAUUUUUAGUUAUGGAAAAGUUAAUGGCUUCUUUGCAAAGGAAGAUUUUAAUAGAGCAGCUUCUCAUGUUUGUGGGGUGUCUCUGAGCGAUAAUGUGGUGGAUGUUGUCUUCCACGUAUUUGAUUCGAACAACGACGGACAUCUGAGCUCAGAGGAGUUCUUGAGAGUGAUGCAGAAAAGGGAAAUUGAUGUCCGGCAGCCGACGUCAGCCAGCCGUUUCAGGCAUUCCUUCAUGCUGCCUUGAUCAGUCCUGAGCCUAACAUGAUGUGUUUAAUUGGACUAAACUCUGCCGGCACCAGCCACCUUAUUGUCAGCAUAUUUCUUGACAGCAUGUUAUAAUGAAGGAAAUGGAGCUUUUAAUUUAACAACUAAUCAAAAGGCAAGAAUGCGCGGCUUGAAUGUCAGGUGAGGGAUGAGUCAAUGGCAACCAAUUGCUUCUGCUAUGUUUCUCUUUUUUCCCACAAUUCUCUUUGCUGCUGUUAUAUUUCUUCUCUGUUAUGUAUAUAAAAUGUUAUUUUAAUUCUCUUAGGAUGUGUGGAAGGCUUUCUAUAUUAUGGCUGCUAAUAGUGGGUAGUAGGUCGGGCAAGUUUGUGUUUAAAAUUGAGCUUGUUUAUAAACGAACCGAGUCGAGCAGGUCUGAGUUCAAAGUUUAGCUCGUGCUCAAAUCGAGCUUUUGACUUCAUGUGCAUAUUUUUAAUCAAAUGAGCUUAUCGUGUUUAUG